AGAUUGUAGUUUUUUUUUUUUUAUAACACUGAAAUAUCAUUGUUCUCCAUACAAUAGAGACAUAGGUUCGAACGAGCCCAUUAAACCGGAAAGCUUAAGAAACAAGAAAAACAAGAGAGGAGAAAAAAACAAAUACCAGUAGGCACCAAAUGAUAUAAGGCAUGUCCUAGGUGAUUCCACCCAAAAAAAGCAUUACUUGGCUUGCGCUUCUAGUACCAGGAGAUGGUGAAGCCACACAGGAGCAUUGUAAGCAAUAUAAGAUUGAUGUCGAUGGUCUCGAGUCACACAUACUGCGAGUGCGUCAGCAGCUUCAUUUCUACUUGGCCGACAAUGAUCUAAACUCCACAUCUCAAUCUCCGAGAGAUAGCUUUGAAUAGUAUGAAUGAUCCUUGAGAACUGGGGAAAUAACGUUGGAUUUGUUAGGAUUUCCAGAGGUAAGAAAGUUGUAGUUUACCGGAAGAAAAAUAAAACAAAAGAGAAAUAGAUAAUUAAGAAGGAUAAUAUAGUAUAUAUUGUAGGAAUGUUAGAGGCCUUUUAUUUUUUGGUUAUAUUUUUAAUUAUGAUUUGUUUGGUAGCUGCUGAAUGCAAUUUUCCUUUUAAUAAUAUAGAUGAGAUGUAAAUAUGUGUAAAUCAAUUGCUUCCGCCAGGUUAUCUCCGGCGUCCAUUUGCUUGGUUCUCCUCGUUGGUUUAAGGUGUUCUGAAACUCGUCACGUUGAUCUCUGGAGCUGCUUUCGGCGUCUGGAGUGGUUUCCCACUAGACGAUGGCCGGACCUGGACCUAGUCAACCCCGCUUCGCCUAUUGUUUAGCUUGGGAUAGGCUUCGACCCCUAAGCCUAUUCUCCGGCUGAAUUGCUCUCUGAUUUAUGCUCUUGGUGCAGGUACCGGCUUCAAGAUAAAGCAUCGAUCAACUAGAAUUGUAAUGAUGCUAGUUUUGUCUAGCUUUAAUCAAACCCUCGGGUGAUGAUUAAAUCUUCAUGUCACUGAAUGUCUUUUUUUUUUUUUUUAAUCUUUUUUGGGGCAUUCACUGACCCUUGCUUUAUUUAUUAGCUUAUUUUAGAUGCAAUAGUUUUUGAUUCUUCAAAAUCAAAUGUAUCUCAUGUAUCACAUUAUUCAUUAAUGAAAAUUCACAUACUUAUCAAAAAAAAAAAAAAAAACGGAGUACCAAGGAAGACUGGGAAGAAUGGAUGAGACAUUUUAGUAUUGAAUUACUUAAAGAGUCUCCCUCUCCAGCAUUGAGAACUUGUGCAAAACUUGCUCAUUUGCAGGUGUUUCAUCUAUGCUCUUUCUUUUUCUCUCUCUCUCUCAUAAGGGUAUGCAUUUUAACGACUGUAUAUUACAGCCUUUUGUCGGGAGAGAAUUGUUUGCCGUUGGUUUUGUCAGUUGCUGGGCACAGAUGAAUGAAGCUAGCCAAACGCAGUUAGUUAGGAGCUUGGAGAUGGCUUUUUCAUCUCCAAAUAUCCCUCCUGAGAUUUUGGCGACACUACUUAAUUUGGUAUGUUCUUUGUUAAGCUACAAAAAUUAAGUAUGCUUUCCUUUAACUAUGGUUAUGCUCAUUGAAUGCUAGUGUUUUAAGCAUAGGCAAAUAUAUAGUGUUAGCAAUGAGUUAGCUACGUCUUGCUUGAAUAGAAACAAAAUUCUGCUUAGGUCACCAUUUCCUUAGUGAUUGCACCUGUUAUUCUUUCUACUGAAAAAAACACCAUCAACUAAACAAUCUGCAAACGUUAAUAUUGACCCUGGUAUCCGAGUUUCUGCUUAAGACUGGAGUAAAGGAUCAUACAUUUAGAGUCAAAAUAAACCUACCUCUGUGUGAUCUUGGUUCUUGGUCCUGUCACAUGAGCUUUAUUUCCUCAAUACUCGUUUUAGGCAGAAUUUAUCCAACAUGAUGAAAAGCCUCUUCCCAUUGAUAUUCGUCUCCUGGGGGCUCUUGCUGAAAAGUGCCGUGUUUUUGCCAAAGCUUUGCACUAUAAAGAGAUGGAAUUUGAGGUUCCACGGUCCAGAAGGAUGGAUGCCAACCCAGUUGCUGUUGUUGAGGCUCUUAUACACAUAAAUAAUCAGCUACACCAGCAUGAGGCUGCUGUCGGCAUAUUGACCUAUGCUCAACAACAUCUUGAUGUGCAAUUAAAAGAAUCAUGGUAUGAGAAGCUGCAGCGAUGGGACGAUGCACUCAAGGCGUACACUUUGAAAGCAUCUCAAACAUCUAAUCUCCAUCUUGUAUUAGAAGCCACAUUAGGUAACCAAGUCUUAUAUUGGGAAGAUCCCGUGUUUUUAGUUUCCAUAUAAUUUCUCGUGGAAGUGGAAUCUAAGGUUUUUUUUUAUAUUUUUGGGGGUCUAUAUGUAUUGUCAGGCUCUGACGCAGCUAGUAUCGCAACAAAAAGGUCCAUGCAUCUGUUUUAUGUGCAUAAGCUCCAGACAUCUAUCCAUAUGGCUUUUUAUUCAUUAUCUGGAUAUAUGUAUUAGCUGUUGGGCCUAAUUAUUAAGCUUAUUAGCUCAAAUAAUGAAAGGCAAAUGUGAAAAGGAAAUGGGCUUACGAGCUCUUUGUAAAAAGCCAUGUUGGCAUUAAUGAAAGGAAAUAAGAGAGUCUCACAUCGAUUAAAACUUGAGAAGUUGUGAUGUAUAUAUAUGGUAUCACACUCUCUUUGGAUUAAACGGCUCAGAGGAAGAGAGAGCUCCCCACGCGCGCGCCGCCGUCCGGCUCGGCUCGGCGUGGGCUUGGGCUUGGGCGGAGGGCCUUUGGCCCGAUAAGAAUUAUUCUUUUUGGACCAAGUUAAGCUCAACGCUUUGCCAUUUUAUUUCUAAAAAACAGCAUGACAUUUGUGUAUAAACGACAUGUAGUUCGUUUAAAAAUUACACGAAGUUUAUCUGUUCGAAAUGGAUCAGAACGAGUCAACAAGAGAGAAACUUGCGGAGAAAGCUGCUCAACGUUCCACUCCGAGAUCUUUGCGAGAUUUUCGGAAAAAACGUUCGCAACAGUUUCGAAAAACCGCUCCUAGUCUUCUCUUUAAAUACGGACUCUCCUCUUCUCAUUUUCUUCAACUUUUUCACAUCGAAACCAGCAUCAAAAUUCCCUUAGCGUAAGUCAUAAAAACGAGAGUGUUUCGUAGAGUUUAUAGUUCGAUAGGACGAUCACGAGUGAGGCGUGAUUCGUCUACCAUGGUUGUAUCCUGGGACUCUAUAUUCGUACAGUCCCGUCUCACUAACGGAGCGAAUAUUUUGAGUUAAGGAAAGAGAUCAUAUCUCGCCUCCAUGUCUCGUUGCGAAUACGAUUUCUUAUCGUUCUCGUAUUCGUUUUCUAUAUUCGUCUAUUUCCUUAACUUCGCUUUUAUUAUAUCGUUUACAUCAGUCCGGUUUACUGGCUUCUACAAUCUUAACUCAAAAUCGCUUUAUGUUUAAAGCUUUAAACUGGUUGAUAAACGAUUAAUAGAAACGGGUUUCGGAACCGUGUUUGCUAUUUGCUUUCUAGCACUUCCGCGAAACGUUUGUUCUUAUAUCAAAACGAUGUUUGCGAUUUGCUAUACGCUUAUCCGCGAAACGUUUCUGGCUAAAUGUGUUUGCGAUUUGCCUUAAAGCACUUCCGCGAAAUGUUUCAGUUUUACUUUAUUACGCUUUGCGGAUUGCUUUCUAGCAUUUUCGCAAAACGUUUUUUGAUACAUUUCUUCAAACGUUAUAUAUAUGAAUCGUUUCAGUGACCGCUUUCUUAAGCGAGUCUGUGAAACAUUCUAAGUCUAUAAAAAUGGUUUCUGCGAACGCUUCUAAGCGAGUUUGCAAAACGUUUUUUCAAGACUUAUAUUGAUAUGAUUUGGUUCAAACACCAAAAAUGAACAUCGAUUUUAGACUAUUAUUUUCUUUAAAAUAAUAUGUUAAUUGUUGAAUGGAGUACUAAUCCAUUUUCAUGUUUUGUCUACAGGAAAAUGACAAACGAGAACGACACCCCCACUCCCAUGGACACCUCGGAUGUCAUUCAAACUUCACUCAACGCUGCAUCAACUGGCGUGACAACCGCUGGAAACAUCACAGCGUCAACCACUGCAGCAACAAUGAGCACUUUCCUCCCUGCGGGGAAUGCUGCUGAUGAAACCACUCGCCGUACCCUAUUCGGUGCUGGUCUUUAUCAGACGGGUUCAAUUUCAGCAACUGCAAGUGGUCCGGUGGCAGUUCAAACUCCUCCGACUGUCCCUAGUGUGUUCACUCAAGGACUGAUGCCACACAAAUUUGAUGGCAAAGGCUUCAAAAUGUGGCAGAAGAAGAUAUUGUUCUUCCUGGCAACGAUGAAGCUGGAGAAGUUCUUCCAGGAGGACAAGCCCCUUAUGCCUUACGGGAUUGAUGAUGUUCACAGCCUCGCAACUGUUGACAUAUGGGUGCAUUCCGACUUCAUCUGCAAAGGCUACAUUUUGGGUCGCCUCAUUGACCCAUUGUACCGUGUCUACUGUGAGAUCCCCACGGCGAAAGAGCUAUGGAGAUCACUAGACAAGAAGUACAGAGGUGAGGACGCUGGCUGCCAGAAGUAUGUGGUCUCAAAAUUCCACGACUUCAAAAUGGUGGAUUCAAAACCCAUCAUGGAUCAGGUGGAAGCGCUUCAGCUCAUUUGCCAUGAAAUCGCUGUUGAAGGAAUGUCCAUCUGCGAGACAUUCACAACUCUCAGCUUCAUUGAAAAGCUUCCUCCAAGCUAUGCGGAUUUCAAGAACUACUUGAAGCACAAGAAGAAGAAGAUGGGACUCGAGGAGCUCAUCACGAGGCUUCAGAUGGAAUCCAGAAACCGAACUGCUGCAAAGGUCGGUACAAAGGAGCACAGUGUCAACAUGGCUGAGCACAAAGGCAAAGGAAAGGCCCACGCCUAUUCUCCUGCCAAGCCUUCCAAAACUGCUGCAGCCUUGAAGGCUUUUGGAAAAAACUUCAAGAACAAAGGUAUUGAGAUCAAUGCGAAUGUGGGGGAUUGUUGGGCCUAAUUAUUAAGCUUAUUAGCUCAAAUAAUGAAAGGCAAAUGUGAAAAGGAAAUGGGCUUACGAGCUCUUUGUAAAAAGCCAUGUUGGCAUUAAUGAAAGGAAAUAAGAGAGUCUCACAUCGAUUAAAACUUGAGAAAUUGUGAUGUAUAUAUAUGGUAUCACACUCUCCUUGGAUUAAACGGCUCAGAGGAAGAGAGAGCUCUCCACGCGCGCGCCGCCGUCGCCAUCCGGCCGGCUCGGCUCGGCUCGGCGUGGGCGUGGGCGUGGGCUCGGGCUUGGGCUUGGGCUUGAGUGGAGGGCCUUUGGCCCGAUAAGAAUUAUUCUUUUUGGACCAAGUUAAGCUUAACGCUUUGCCAUUUUCUUUCUAAAAAACAGCAUGACAUUUGUGUAUAAACGACAUGUAGUUCGUUUAAAAAUAACACAAAGUUUAUCUAUUCGAAAUGGAUCAGAACGAGUCAACAAGAGAGAAACUUGCGGAGAAAGCUGCUCAACGUUCCACUCCGAGAUCUUUGCGAGAUUUUCGGAAAAAACGUUCGCAACAGUUUCGAAAAACCGCUCCUAGUCUUCUCUUUAAAUACGGACUCUCCUCUUCUCAUUUUCUUCAACUUUUUCACAUCGAAACCAGCAUCAAAAUUCCCUUAGCGUAAGUCAUAAAAACGAGAGUGUUUCGUAGAGUUUAUAGUUCGAUAGGGCGAUCACGAGUGAGGCGUGAUUCGUCUGCCAUAGUUGUAUUCUGGGACUCUAUAUUCGUACAGUCCUGUCUCACUAACGGAACGAAUAUUUUGAGUUAAGGAAAGAGAUCAUAUCUCGCCUCCAUGUCUCGUUGCGAAUACGAUUUCUUAUCGUUCUCGUAUUUGUUUUCUAUAUUCGUCUAUUUCCUUAACUUCGCUUUUAUUAUAUCGUUUACAUCAGUCCGGUUUACCAGCUUCUACAUUAGCUACUUGCAUUGUCUGGAUUGAUUCUCUUUCUCACAUUUUCCCAUUUUCUUAUUUAAAUGGCCAUGUUUCUUCUCAAUGUGAAUUGAAUGUUUUUAGAUUCUGACGAGGGAACUCUCAAGUGUGCCACAUUCUCAGUCUGACAUGAUGGCUAGUAUGGUAUCUAGCAAGGGAGAAAAUGUUCCACUUCUUGCACGUGUAAAUCUCAAAUUGGGAACAUGGCAGUGGGCACUUUCUCCCGGAUUGAAUGAUGGGUCUAUUCAAGAAAUUCUUGAUGCCUUUAGCAAAUCUACCAUCUAUGCUCCUAAAUGGGCUAAGGCAUGGCACACAUGGGGGUUAUUCAAUACGGCAGUGAUGUCUCAUUACAUAUCAAAAGGUCAAAUUGCUUCUCAGUUUGUUGCUGCUGCAGUCACUGGAUGAUACUUCCAUUCUAUAGCAUGUGCAGCGAAUGCCAAAGGAGUUGAUGAUAGUUUACAGGAUAUACUGCGUCUUCUCACGUUAUGUUUCAACCAUGGAGCUACGGCUGAUGUCCAAACAGCAUUGAAGAGAGGAUUCAGUCAUGUCAGCAUUGACACAUGGCUUGUUGUGUUGCCUCCAAUAAUUGCUAGGAUACAUUCAAAUAAUCGUGCUGUCAGGGAACUGAUACAGUCUCUUCUCAUCCGCAUAGGAGAAAACCACCCGCAGGCUCUUAUGUAUCCCCUUCUCGUUGCAUGUAAAUCAAUAAGCAAUCUGCGUAGAGCUGCAGCUCAAGAGGUGGUUGAUCAAUUUCGCCAGCACAGUGGCGCCCUUGUGGAUCAGGCUAGUAGUCGGCUUCUUGUGCUUAUCUUUGUCUCUAUAUAUGAAAGUGUUUCUUUUAACUGAGCUAAUUGGUGACCCCUUUCCUUUACCCCUACAACAACCAAAAAAAAACAGGCACAACUUGUAUCACAUGAACUUAUCAGGGUUGCUAUACUUUGGCAUGAAGCACUAGAAGAAGCUAGUCGCUUGUAUUUUGGAGAACAUAACAUUGAAGGAAUGCUGAAAGUACUUGAGCCAUUACAUGAGAUGCUUGAAGAAGGUGCAAGAAAGGACAACGUGACCAUACAAGAGAGAGCAUUUAUAGAGGCAUACCGUCACGAACUACUAGAGGCAUAUGAAUGUUGUAUCAAUUACAAGAGAACUGGAAAAGAUGCUGAACUUACACAGGUGACGAAAAAUUUGAAACAAAAUUUCAGAUGUGUUCUUGGCCUUUAUCUCAGGAACGGGGCAUAACGACAUGUUUGUCAUUUUCAAUUGUUUUCAAACGGAUUGACAAACUGCUUGCCAGCCUCACGACAUUGGAUUUGGAGUUUGUGUCUCCUGAAUUGCUGCUGUGUCGUGACUUGGAGCUAGCUGUUCCUGGAACAUACCGUGCGGAUGCCCCCGUUGUGACGAUAGCAUCGUUUCCUCGUCAACUUCUUGUCAUAACAUCUAAACAACGACCACGGAAAUUGACUAUUCACGGAAAUGACGGUGAGGACUAUGCCUUUUUAUUAAAGGGACAUGAAGAUCUAAGGCAAGAUGAGCGUGUUAUGCAGCUUUUUGGUUUGGUGAACACUUUGCUCGAGAAUUCCAGAAAAACAGCAGAAAAAGAUUUGUCCAUCCAACGGUAUUCUGUAAUACCAUUAGUGGACUCAUUGGAUGGGUUCCCAACUGCGAUACCCUUCACCAUCUUAUUCGAGAAUACAGAGAUGCACGAAAGAUCAUCCUUAAUCAAGAACACAAACAUAUGUUGAGUUUUGCUCCAAACUACGGCAAUCUACCGCUCAUAGCAAAGAUUGAAGUAUUUGAGUACGCUCUAGAAAACACAGAGGGAAAUGAUCUGUCCAGGGUUAUGUGGUUAAAAAGUCGCUCGUCAGAGGUAUGGCUGGAGAGAAGAACCAACGAUACUAGAAGUUUAGCCGUUAUGAGUAUGGUUGGUUAUAUUUUUGGGUUAGGUGAUCGACAACCAAGUAACCUUAUGCUAGAUAGAUACAG